AGGCCAUCCGCUUCUCGCCCUCGGCCGUCGACGGGCAGGACCUGCAGUGCCUGCUGUACCCCAGGGGCCUCGUGGCCUGGAGCCUGGAGCGCCCACUGUACGAGGAUUACCGCGUCUACCUGCUGGACGAGGGCUCGGAGGGGCCCGAGGGGUCGGAGGACGACGAGCUGCCCUGGUGGGACCUUCGGAACCUGAACAUGGCCCGGGUCACCUCCGAGGGAACACACCCCAAAGACCAGCGGGCGUGGCCCGCCCACCACUGCGGGUGCAGCCUGUCCCACUUCACCAUGUGGAUGGAGGCGCUGCAGCGCGGAGUCCAGAACCUGAUCAUCUUCGAGAGCGACGGUUUCCCGUCCUGCAUCGAGAGCUUUCGCAUCGGCGGCAACGUGAGCGACUUCGCGGACAUCGUGGCCGCCCUUCCCUCGAGGGCGCCCGAGGGCUGGCACCUGAUUGCCCUGGACAAGGGCGACUUCGGGGCCGAGCCAGGCGCCACUCCGGUGACCACGCUCCGGCCGGCCAGCGGUGGAGGCACCCGGUCGUACAGCAUGAUCCCCUGGAAGGGGCGAGGAGUUGCAGGGGCCGCCGCCUACAUGGUCAGCAGGCGCUUCCUCGAGUGGUUCCCGCACGACAUUCAAACCACGGCUUCAACAUGGUGGAUGCCUUGGAUCGGGUGUCGCUGCAGUGACAGGAGUGCCGCCAAUCCCAGCCCGAUCAGCUGCUGCAGCAUCGUGGCCGAGGGUCACAGAUCCGAGUUAGCGUGUGGGCCCUGGCCACUGCCCGCCAUCGUACUGUACCUUCUGCACUCCUUUCAGUUUUCGAGUACUUUUUCCCCCUCCCCAUGGAUCGCCUUGAGCACUGCUGAUGGCAGCGCGUUAGGCGGUAGCAGCUGGGGCGCGGGGCAGACUCAAAGUGUUAAUGAACGCUGCGCCUGGAGCGCGGAGCAGAACCCGAGGGAGGAGGAUGUGGGUGGGCGGGCCCAGCAGAGGCGCCGGCGCGGGGCGGCCUGCCGGCAGGAGAGCGUGCACGCGGGGGGCCCGCUCGCGCCCUGGGAGGAGCCACCGGGCACCUCCAGGAAGGUUCCCACCAGGGGGCGCCGCGCUGCCCAGGCUUCGCGCCGUCGGAGGGCGGGCCGUCGGCAGACCUUCGCCGUGGCGCAGCGCGCAGCCGCCUCGCAGACUGCCGGCACAUCUGGAGGGCAAGCUGUUUCCACC